CAACAGUCAGCUGACAGCAAGCAGUGAGAAUUCCUUGUAAAAUGUUCUCUACUGUAAUGCAUGCUUUGUAAUGAAAUUAUAGUCGUAACAUUCAGCAUCCAUAUCGGUGUCUUUAGCAACAGUGGCCGUGAUCCUACACACUCCUGGUGCAGACUCGGAGACCGUGGUUUUGCAUUGUCCAUCCUAGCUAGCAAGACCCAGACUGGGUGAUUCAAAGUGUUUGUAAAAAUAAAAACAAAAACAAAAACACACAGAAAACCACAAUGUCAUCUAAACCGACAUGCCUACUUGUGGCAAGCGCUGCACCGCAAGGGGUGAAUGCUUCCUCCUUUCACCAGGCCUUCACACUUUGCAGUUCAGUGUUCAACCUACAGACGGCAACUCCUGGGGGGAAGCCCAUUGAUUUUGGAGGGGUAGACGAGAGCACAGCCAGGUGGGUGCAGGACUUCAGUGUAAAGCCAUACGCUACCCCUGCCAAGCUGGAGUCCAUAGAUGGUGCCCGUUACCAGGCUCUGUUGAUCCCAGACUGCCCCGGUGCCCUGACUGACCUGGCCCACAGUGGCUCUCUGGCUCGAAUACUCACACAUUUUACCUCUCAACAGAAGCCAGUCUGUGCAAUAGGCCAGGGAGUGUCUGCCCUCUGCUGUGCUACAGAGGGACAACGGUGGAUGUUCAGUGGAUAUUGCCUUACAGGGCCCUCGGUCUUUGAACUUGUUCGUUCCCCAGACUUUGCCAACCUGCCCCUCAUUGUGGAGGACUUUGUAAAAGACAGUGGAGGAUCCUACUCAGCGAGCCAGGAGGAUGCGCUGCAUGUGGUCCUGGACCGGCACCUCGUGACAGGUCAGAACCUGCAGUCUUCCACACUGGCCAUCAACAACCUCAUCCUUCUGUGCAACAGUGCUCGCUCAUAAUACAGUACUACUGUAGCUCAGCUCAACACAGCACCACAGCUGAUUCAAACCGGACCAAUUACUCACCCACAUGAGGACCAAUUCUUUGUCAUUAUGAAUGGACAUUCCAGCCAGUAGUUUUUGUUUUUGUUUUUGACUUGGGUUCCUUUUGAGGAAAAGCGGUUUGGAGUGAUAAUAUUGCUAAUGAUCACUUGUAUAACACUUACGGUAUGAUACAAUUGUGUAGCACAACCAUUUUUCAACAAAGGACAUUAGCACAACACAACAAUAUUUCAACAAAGGACAUUAAUACACAGGACCAACUUUGAGAAAGGGAAUGUUCCAACAUCACAGCAACAUGCUUUGCUGGGACGUAACGGCAAACUAGAAAAUUACUCAUCUUCUACAUCUAUAGCUUGCUCUGUGCCCUCAUCGAUAUCAUUCCAAGCCUUUUCUACAACACAGUGCUAGCUCGGUUUUGCAACUACCAACAACAGGAAAUGACCAAUAGGUGCCUGAAAAGAAAGCGAAUGUUGAGUACAAACAUAAUAGAAUGUAGUAUGAGGACUAUACAGUAAGUGUUAUUGUAAGCAUACAGUGAUGGCAAAAAGUAUUGGCACCCCUUCAAUUCUGUCAAGUAAUACUCAAUUUCUUCCAGAAAAUAACUGCAAUCACAAAUGCUUUGCUAUUAAGAUCUUCAUUUGUUUGUCUUGCAAUGAAAAAACACAAGAGAAUGAAAAAAAAGUCAAAUGAAUGACCAUUUUACACAAAACUCCAAAAAUGGGCCGGACAGAAGUAUUGACAACCUCAGCCUAAUACUUGGUAGCACAAGCUUUAGACAAAAUAACGGCGAACAACCACUUCUGAUAAUCAUCUAUGAGUUUCCUACAAUGCUCUGCUGGAAUUUUAGACCACCCUUGAGGUGAUUUGAAGGGUGCGUUCUCCACACUGCCGCUUUCAAUUGUUCAAUUUCCAGCCUUGGUCCUGUCACUGUCUUGACAUCUUUUUGACCCAAUGGUACUGCCAUACCAGAGAGAGUAGAUUAUGUUGGCAUAUCUCUAGCCAUACUUCAUCAUUGGCAAUGUAUGCAAUGUAUGCAAUGUAUUUUCUGGCUAGUAAGUCUUCUUAGUAUUUGGUGGAUAUGAGCUGGAUAAUUUUAGAGCUGGACUUCCUGCCUCUCUCCAGCUAUAAUUACCUAGUAAUCACAAUGACAAACAAGUUGCGUUUAUACCAACAGAUGCAACUUGUGCCUGCUUCAGAUAUAUUGAAUCGAAGGUGUCUUGCGUGAUGUGAAAAAGGUCCAUCCAUACCUUCACAAAACAACCCUCAGCCCUGGAAAACAAAUAUUGUAAUUCAGUGGGCAAUUGUUCUCCGUCCCUUUAUGACACCCCCGGAACACCUGACGAAAAGCAAACUGCACAGAUGCUUAAAUAUUACAACACCAAGUUUUUGUCCCAU